AUGAACCAGGCGUGGCCUCGACACUCCUUUGGACACGCCCAAUCUCCCGCCUACGAAAUCAGUGUACUUUUAAAAGAGGGAAUCAAAACAAUCAAAUUGGAUUCUAGAGGUUCCAGUUACCCCCAUCGGGGGGAGACAAAGAAAGGACCAAAAACACUACUCGUCCACCCAUUUGAGCAGAAACAGACGAGCAAAAAAUACCUGCUAGAGACACCUACGGAUUUAAAACGAAAACCUCUCUUGGAGCUGCCGAAAGAUUCGAAGAAACCAAAACUCUACCAAGAAACAGACGAUGAUGUAAUUGAAAUGAAAACAUCAGAAACUCAAAGUGAGGAAAGUGUACCAAAGUGUCAGCCGUGUCACCACUGCUGUUGUAAAAGUGAAGUGACUGAGGUAAAGUGCAAGUGUGAGACUGUAAAGGUGAUCUUUGCGCCAGCGAUGAUGCCUUCGCUGUACAACCCGAUGCCAGGAAUGCCGUAUAUUCUGAAACAGCCAGUCAAAAUUUGUGAUAAGGUAUGUAAAGUGUUUUUCUGUGUUUUAACUAACCGAGAAUAA